UUUCACUGCUUCCAUCUCUCGUUCUUGGCAUGAAUUUGGAAAUGGCUGUUGACGACCUCAAGGUCAAGCCCAUGAAGGACCAGCCUGAUCAGAAGUCGAAUGGGAAGAAACCUAAAGGUCUCCGUUUUCUUUCUUCUCCGUGGUGGUGCCCAGCUGCUGUGGCUCUCGGAGUCCUUUGCCUGGGAUCACUGGUGACCAUUAUAAUGCUGGGGAUGCAAUUAUUGCAGGUAUCUGACCUCCUAAAGCAACAGCAAGCAAACCUCACUCUGCAGGAGAAUAUACUGGAGGGACAGGUCUUAGCCCAGCAGCAGGCAGAAGCAGCUUCCCAGGAGUCACAAAGGGAACUCAAAGAAAUGAUAGAAACUCUUGCCAAGAGGCUGGAUGAAAAAUCCAAAAAGCAAAUGGAACUUAACCAUCAGUACCUGAAUCUCCAAGAGGCUCUGAAGAGAAUGGACAACUUUUCAGGUCCUUGUCCCGAAGACUGGCUCUGGCAUGGAAAAAACUGUUAUCUGUUUUCCUCUGGAUCAUUUAAUUGGGAAAGUAGUCAAGAGAAAUGCUUGUCUUUGGAUGCCCAGUUAUUGAAAAUUAACAGCACAGAAGAUCUGGGCUUCAUCCAGCAAGCGACUUCCCAUUCCAGCUUCCCAUUCUGGAUGGGAUUGUCUCGGAGGAAACCCGACUACUCAUGGCUCUGGGAAGACGGUUCUCCUCUGAUGCCCCACUUGUUCAGAUUCCAGGGUGCUGUUUCCCAGAGGUACCCUUCAGGCACCUGUGCAUAUAUACAGAAGGGAAAUGUUUUUGCUGAGAACUGCAUUUUAGUUGCAUACAGUAUCUGUCAGAAGAAGGCAAAUCUGCUGAGAUCAGAGUGAAUUUGAAGGCUCUGGAAGAAAAGAAAGUCAAUGAACUUUAUUCAGGAAUGUAAGCUACUCCUUGUGACGUAGGUGCGAACUCUGAGAGUCCUGAGAGCUGCUCAACUCCUUAUCAGAGGCAAAGACGGGGGAUCCAGCUGCCUGAUACCUUUGUAGCAAAAGGGUUUUUUUUUUCCCCCAUCUUUCUAUCUGUCAGUAUUUAUCAUCUAUUGACCUACCUACAUCUGUCACCUAUCUACAUCUAUUAUUUAUUUAUCUUUAUCUCAUUAUCUAUCUAUCUGUCCCCAACACCCUUCUCUCUUGUUCAACCAGCUGUUUCCAAGCCUCUGCCAGCCCUCAGUGGCACUUCCCUUUUGUAUUUAAAAUCUGACUCCUCCCCAAGCUCGGGAGCCCACUUCACUCAGUCUUGUCUACCUCAGUGCGCCUUCCCUGCAUGCAGACAACACAGAGAACUUGCCCAACUGCAAGCAGAAAGCAGAAAAGGAGAACUACACAUGGGAAACUGCAGCGUGAAGAAACAGAGGAAAGAUCACACUGAUCAAACUGAAAACAAGCGUGCGUUCUCCACUUUAAAAUCAUUGCUCAUUGGUCUUUGUAAUUGCAGUCCAUGUCCAGACUCCUGCAUGUGCGUGCACACACACACACACAC